AUGGACGGCAGUGGCAGUGGCUGGACUGGAGGUCUGCUGCCCUCUGUAGGCGAGGAGGCAACUAAGGAGCACUCAGUCUUUGAGGUGGCUGUCCAGAACGGCUCGGCCAACCACAGCUCCCUGUUUGCAGACGUGGCUCUGCUGCAGAGCUUCAAGCUGCUCAUCAUCCCAUGCUACACCCUGGUGGUGGUGGUGGGUGUGUUGGGGAACUACUUGCUACUCUACGUCAUCUGCCGCACCCGCAAGAUGCACAAUGUCACCAACUUCUUCAUCGGGAAUCUGGCCUUCUCAGACAUGCUGAUGUGUGUGACCUGUGUACCAUUCACCCUGGCCUAUGCCUUUAACCCCCGUGGCUGGGUGUUUGGCAGGUUUAUGUGCUACCUGGUGUUCCUGAUCCAGCCAGUCACCGUUUACGUGUCUGUCUUCACCCUCACUGCCAUCGCUGUCGACAGGUGGGUGGGUCCCUCUGACUUGAGAUAACAAAAAGCCCAUCGGUUUUGACUGGGUAGUUUCAAAUGAACUGAAAUACAUGAAUUGUGGAAGAAUAUUCUCUAGAAUAAUGAAAUUGUAAUUAUUGAUCUUUAUGAAAAUGUUUUUCAAAACAAAACAUUAAUUAAUAUUACUGUCCCUUUGUGUCCCUGCCAGGUACUAUGCCACUGUGCAUCCUCUGAAAAAGCGCACCUCGGUGGCCACCUGUUCCUACGUGCUGUCAGGGAUCUGGCUGCUGUCCUGUUGUCUGGUGGCUCCAGCUGUGGUCCACACCUACCACGUGGAGUUCAGAGAGGAGGGCCUCACCAUCUGUGAGGAGUUCUGGCUGGGUCAGGAGAAGGAGAGGCUGGCCUACGCCUACAGCACCUUGCUGGUUACCUACGUCCUGCCACUCUCUGCUGUCUGCGUCUCCUACCUCUGCAUCUCUGUCAAGCUGAGGAACUGCGUGGCACCGGGACAUCGGUCCCGAGACCAGGCAGAGGCACAGCGAGCCCGGAAGCGGAAGAUCUUCCGUCUGGUGGCGCUGGUGGUGGCGGCCUUCGGGGUGUGCUGGCUGCCCAUUCACGUGUUCAAUGUACUGCGUGACAUCGACAUCCGCCUCAUCAACAAGCGCCACUUCUUGCUUAUCCAACUGCUGUGCCACCUGUGUGCCAUGAGCUCGUCCUGCUGUAACCCCUUCCUGUACGCCUGGCUGCACGACCGCUUCCGUGCCGAGCUGAGGAAGAUGUUCACCUGCCACCGCCGCAUCGGCAUCCCUGCCAACCACUGUGCUACGGCCAGCGUGGCCCUGUGA